CGCCCGUACCAAGAAUUCGUUCGCCACGGCCAUGCAUGCAUCCUUCCCUUAUAAAUUGUGCUUUCCCUUGAGUUCCUCAGCAACCUUUCUCGCCAGCCGAAAUGGCAAAUAACUUCCUCCUCGGGGGCCUGGGGGCAAUCCUUGUCGUCGCGGUCGUGGUGGGCGUAGUCGCCACCGUGACCAGUUCCGGUAAUAAGGCCGGCGACAACUUCACGGUCCCGGGUGAGGCCACCCUUGCCACCUCCGGCAAGUCGGUCAAGUCUCUGUGCGCGCCCACGCUGUACAAGGAGUCGUGCGAGAAGACCCUCACCUCGGCCUCCAAUGGCACCGAGAACCCCAAGGACGUGUUCGCCACCGUCGCCAAGUCGGCGAUGGAGUCGAUCAAGUCGGCGGUGGAGCGGUCCCGCAGUAUCGGGGAGGCCAAGUCGAGCGACCCCUUGACGGAGGGCGCGCGCCAGGACUGCAAGGAGCUCCUGGAGGACUCCGUGGACGACCUCAAGGGCAUGGUCGAGAUGGCCGGCGGCGACAUCAAGGUGCUCCUUGGCCGCACUGACGACCUCGAGCACUGGAUCACCGGCGUCAUGACCUUUAUCGACACCUGCGCCGAUGGCUUCGCCGACGAGAAGCUCAAGGCGGACAUGCAGGGCAUCCUGCGCAACGCCACGGAGCUCAGCAGCAACGCGCUCGCCAUCACCAACAGCCUCGGCGCCAUCUUCAAGAAGCUCGACCUCGACGUGUUCAAGACCGACUCGCGCCGCCGCCUCUUGUCCGCGGAGGAGUCCAGGUACCCCGCGUGGAUGAAGGCUCCAGAAAGGAAGCUGCUGGCCUCCGGUGGCUUGCCACAGCCGAACGCGGUGGUGGCCAAGGACGGCAGCGGCAAAUUCAAGACCAUCCAGGACGCCGUGAACUCCAUGCCCAAGGGCCACCAAGGCCGGUACGUCAUCUACGUCAAGGCUGGGGUCUACGAGGAGAUCGUCAUGGUCCCCAAGGACAAGGUGAACAUAUUCAUGUACGGCGACGGGCCCAAGCAGAGCCGCGUCACCGGCAGCAAGAGCUUCGCCGACGGCAUCACCACCAUGAAGACCGCCACCUUCUCCAUUGAGGCGGCCGGGUUCAUCUGCAAGAACAUGGGGUUCCACAACACGGCGGGCGCGGAGAAACACCAGGCGGUGGCGCUGAGGGUGCAGGGCGACCUGUCGGCCUUCUUCAACUGCCGGUUUGACGCGUUCCAGGACACGCUGUACGUGCACGCCCGGCGGCAGUUCUUCCGCAACUGCGUCAUCUCCGGCACCAUCGACUUCAUCUUCGGCAACUCGGCGGCCGUGUUCCAGAACUGCCUCAUCAUCACGCGGCGGCCCAUGGACAACCAGCAGAACUCGGUGACCGCGCACGGGCGCACGGACCCCAACAUGAAGUCCGGGCUGGUCAUCCAGAACUGCCGCCUGGUGCCGGACCAGAAGCUCUUCGUGGACCGCUUCAAAAUCCCGUCCUACCUGGGCAGGCCGUGGAAGGAGUUCUCGCGGCUGGUCAUCAUGGAGAGCCAGAUCGCCGACUUCAUCAAGCCCGAGGGGUACAUGCCGUGGAACGGCGACUUCGGGCUCAAGACGCUCUACUACGCCGAGUACGGCAACCGCGGCCCCGGCGCCGGCACCAGCAAGAGGGUCACCUGGCCGGGCUUCCGAGUCAUCGCCAGGCAGGAGGCCGAGCAGUUCACCGCAGGGCCCUUCAUCGACGGCGCCACAUGGCUCAAGUUCACCGGCACGCCAAACUACCUCGGCUUCAAGGUCUAAUUAACCGCGCGCGCGUCCAUCAUUCCUCGUCGAACCGCAUGCAUGCAUGCAUGCAUGCAACGCCUUCGCCCUGUACGUACAUGAGAUACCGAUCGAGGUAACGUAUUGUGUGUACGGAAAGUGUGAUGACCGAUACUUGCAAGAUGAGCCAACCUCCCUUGUUCCGUUACCACCUUCAUUUCCCUUCUCUUCUUUACUUUGGUAAAUGAUGAUUAAGUGUAUGUCGUGACAUUGAUUAACUGGAAAUGUAUCAUUCGGAUGUC